AUGGAAUCUUUGAUUAGACAGUCUACUAAAGUGUGUCCGUUUGUGAACAAGAUCUCGCAAUCGGCAUCUGCUGCCAGCGCCUUGCGUGGCUCAGCUAAUAUCAGUGCUCUAGCCAAGAGGUGUCCUGUGAUGGGCACUGCUGUGGGCUCCGCCAGACAUUUCGCCACUGCUGGUGGGAAUGCUGCCACUGCCGCAAAAGUCUCUUCUGAGCAAGCACAUGAUGCUGGUCUACAAAGUGGUUUAGUCGGUGAGCAUGCCACUCAAGAGUCAACAUUCGAUUAUGACGGGGUCUUUGAAAACGAUAUCGCGAAGAAGAGACUGGACAAGUCGUACAGAUACUUCAAUAAUAUUAACAGACUUGCCAAUCAAUUCCCCUUGGCUCAUAGAGACGUCGAGGAUGACAAGGUCACCGUUUGGUGUUCAAAUGACUACUUGGCAUUAUCCAAGAACCAAGAGGUCAUCGACGUGAUGAAGAAGACACUAGAUAAAUACGGGGCAGGUGCCGGUGGCACAAGAAACAUCGCUGGUCAUAAUCGACACUCGAUGAAGCUGGAAGCAGAGUUGGCUGCACUGCAUAAGAAGGAAGGUGCAUUGGUCUUCUCGUCUUGCUAUGUGGCUAACGAUGCAGUCAUCUCCUUGCUCGGACAAAAACUAAAGAAUCUGGUAAUCUUCUCCGAUGAGUUGAACCAUGCCUCCAUGAUCGUGGGUAUCAAGCACGCAAACACAACAAAGCACAUCUUCAGACACAACGAUCUAGCUCAUUUGGAGGAACUCUUGAAGAUGUACCCUAAGUCCACUCCAAAAUUAAUUGCCUUCGAAUCGGUCUACUCCAUGGCCGGUUCUGUGUCAGAUAUCGACAAAAUCUGUGACUUGGCAGAAAAAUACGGUGCCUUGACGUUCUUGGACGAAGUACAUGCCGUUGGUCUAUACGGUCCACAUGGUGCUGGUGUUGCUGAGCAUUGCGACUUUGAACUUCACAGAAGGUCAGGUAUCGCCACUCCUAUUGAUCCACAAACAAAGAAGGAAAUCAGAACAACAAUGGGCCGUGUCGACAUGAUCACCGGUACCUUAGGUAAGUCAUUCGGUACAGUGGGCGGGUACGUUGCUGCCUCCAAGAACUUGAUUGAUUGGUUCAGAUCAUUCGCCCCAGGAUUCAUUUUCACUACUUGUUUACCACCUGCAGUCAUGGCGGGUGCCUCCGAAGCCAUUAGAUACCAACGUACUCAUUUGAACUUAAGACAAGACCAACAAAAACAUACUAACUAUGUCAAGGAUGGUUUAAAAGAGUUAGGCAUUCCAGUGAUUCCAAACCCAUCUCACAUCGUCCCAGUAUUAAUUGGUAAUGCUGAUUUGGCCAAGAAAGCCUCCGACAUGUUGAUGGAAAAACACAAAAUCUACGUUCAAGCUAUCAACUUCCCAACCGUCGCCCGUGGUACUGAGAGAUUGAGAAUUACUCCAACUCCUGGUCACACCAACGAUUUAAGUGACAUAUUGUUAAAUGCAAUGGAAGACGUUUUCAACGAAUUACAAUUGCCAAGAAUCGCCGACUGGGAAAGACAAGGCGGUUUCCUAGGUGUUGGUGACAAGAAUUUUGUUGCCGAACCAAACUUAUGGACCAAGGAACAACUAAUGCUUUCAGACACCGAGUUGAACCCAAACAUUAGAGACCCAGUAAUUGAAAACUUGGAUGUCUCCAGUGGUAUCAUGAAAUUCUAG